GCCUCCUUGUCUACUGACUCCCAUCCUCUGGGACCCUAAUACACUCUUUACUUCGCUUUGUGCUCCAUAUACUCUGCGUAGACUACACGAUUCACUUUUGUAGACAAAUUCCGCAACUAUUAUUCGAGCAUGACGCGGAAGAGACGUCUUUCGGAUUGCACAGGUCCUGAGAAGGCUGCUAAGCGCGUCCAUCAAGCAGCAGACGAGGAAGAAGAGCCACUGGAUUCAAUACUAGCUCGCAUACAAGAGCAAGAGCAGAGUGAACAGCUUGCGAGACAGCUACACCAGCAAUGGAACGACUCAAGCAAUGGGGAAGGUUCUGGAUCAUCAAGGCGAGACGUUAUUUCGGUCGACGAUUCAUACGAAAGCGAUGAGGCUCUGGCAAGACGUCUGGCGAGCGAAUGGAAUGAACAAGAUGACGACAUUAUAGUCUUGGAUGUACCAACUGCUUCCCCCAGUUCACUGCAAGACCAAGUAAAGUCAGGUUCCUCAAUCGGAAUAACCAGCGCAAGUCCAUCUGGACGUGCUUCACAGGGUCCUCCAGAAGAUGCUGUAGAUUCUGCAGAUGUAGAACUGGAGCAACAUCGAGAGGUCUUUGUGCGGAUUAGACAAUGUACAAAAUGCGGUAAAGACGUCGAGUCUCCUCGCGGACACGUGACAUAUUCACCCCAAGUUCCGCCGCCCAGUUUACUUUUUCUCCUGCAUGCCGUGUGCACAUCGUGUAAAACAAAUCAUUGUCGUGGCUGCUUCUCUGCUAUCUCCUGUUCACCUUCUUGCAAAGGGAAAGGAAAAGAAAAGGACUCUCAUUGCCCUGCCAUAACUUGUUGUGCGGAAAUUCGCGCCGUUGCGCUUUUCGAAGCCCUCGGUGGCUUUGAUCGUCUGUAUCUCGGCGAACAAGCUACUGCAGAAGCACGCGCGAAGGAAGCAACAGCAAAGCGAAAGAAAUCCUCGGGAACUGUUGGCCCCGGAGGCACUGGAUACUCAAUGGGCUCCCGUGGCUAUAAUUAUGACAGCGGCCGUAAGGGUCGUGGAAAGUCUUCCAGCAGCCUAACUUCCCGCAAUAAUACAGACGCAUUGGCAGCACAUUGGGACGAAUUGCUUGUGCGAGCACUGUCAACUGUGACCUUCUUCCUUCCGUCGCCGUACUCGGAUUCUGAGAAAGAAUAUGACAUACUUCCCCAUCCGUCCAUAGCGGCGCUGAUAUCCCUGUCGCAACUACCUGACCUUCUUGGCAGACUGCUGCGCAACGAUUCUGUGACCGACUGGAUAGCUCGUAGUGAUCUGUACCAAAGCAUGCUUGCAUUGUUGAGGCGAAUGGCUGAUUACGAGUUGACUCUGCAGGCUCUUGUUAAUACUAGAUUCGAGAUGAAGAAAAGCUGCGGGCUCGAAGAAUGGAUGUGGCAGGACGGCGACAUCGUCUGGGAGAGGUCUGAUGGACGUCUAAUCAAGACGCCGCCACUCUACUCGCAUUUUCAGAAACUCACAAAGCAAUCCGAAACCUUCCUCACAGGCGCAUCUCGUAUGCUUGAGGACGGUGACCAUGCCGAAGGCGAAGACACUGAAACUAUGGUCAAAGCAACCUCGCUUUGUGGAGACAUCAUAACUGCACGCGACGGUAUCGAACGCGCCAUGAAAGUAAUGGGCAAAGAUCCAUCAACUCUCCACAAUGAGCGUAUGUCAUCCUCAGAUCGCAAGGGCAAAGGUAUCGACCCUAUGAUUGAGCUAGAGCGCAAAUACGCCAAGGCCUGUGAACAUCUAGCAUUCAAGUAUGUCUCGCUGCCGAACAGUCCAAGCUUCCCUGGUUUCCACUACGCGAGAGAACUCCAGCAGACCGCUAAUGCUACUAGAAACCCCAAGAACCGUCUACACUUGAUCAAAGAACUAGCCGUCAUGGCCACCAGUCUACCUACCGGGAUUUGGGUGCGACCGCAUGAAGUUCGAAACGAUGCAAUAAAGGUCAUGAUUGCAGGUCCAGAAGGGACACCUUACGCAGGUGGCCUGUUCGAGUUCGAUUGCUUCAUUCCACUCGAGUAUCCGCAUUCGCCGCCAAAGAUGAAUCUGUGUACAACUGGAGGCGGAAGGGUACGUUUUAACCCCAACCUUUAUAACUGUGGCAAGGUGUGCUUGUCUUUGCUGGGGACAUGGGCAGGUCGACCGGAAGAGAUGUGGUCGCCAAAGUCCACAUUAUUGCAAGUUCUAGUAUCCAUUCAAAGCAUGAUUCUCAUCGAGUUACCUUUCUUCAACGAACCUGGUUUUGGGCAGGCUAAUGCAAGUGAUCCUCGGAGCAUUGCAUACAACAAGGACAUCACGUUUCAUACCACACGAUGGGCAAUUGUGGAAUGGCUCAAGGACGAACAUGGAAACGGCAUGUGGGCUGAUGUCAUCGCGUCUCACUUCACCAUCUGGCACUCCAAAAUACGAAAGUGGUGUGUAUCUCUUCUUGUCACGCAUGGCAGAUGCAGCUCACUAGGCAUAUCGUUCACAGCAUUGAGGGAUGGGCGAAGUCCGAACCGCGUAUCCGUAACUGUGCUGCGUCUACUGCUGCCCCAAACAUUUAUGCCGGAGGACCCAUGUACCCCUUACCGCAAUACCCAAAGUUGCAAACCUCGCCUAGCCUUGAUCUUCUUACGGAAUAUGACCAAGGGAUCGAACGGAUACGUCAAUGGAAAUUGGAAGAUUGAAAGAUAUAUCGUCAGGUCGUAAACUGCACUGCGCGAUACGUUUUACAUAUUGUGAUGGUAGAUGGCGUGACUAGGGUAUACUAUGCUUAUAGUAACUCUUCGUAUAAGAUAGUUUGAAAGGCAGCAGAACUUGAAUGUUGCAUGAAAGGUCUCGCGGUUGUUUUCGUUCUUCAUUCCUCGUUAUAGCAUUGAUUAGAUGUACUUUCGAUGUUCCUGUUUCAUCAAUCCACGAAAUCAUGUCGUGAGC